AUGAUCCACGGCUCCUCAUCACCCCCAGAAAAUCGGGAUAUCCUUGCCCUCAGGCAACCCAACAAUUUCACCGACUGGAAAAUCACACUAUAUCUCUUUCCCGAUUCCUUCUUCGAAGAGGAAGAAGAUGAAGAUGAAGAUGGAGACAGCGACGAGAGUGGCGGGGCAGCACCACAAAAUUCUCCUCCCAUGGGUGGUGCCAGCUCAUCCCAUCAGGCUGGACACCCAUCUUAUCACCAGCAAUAUAUGGAUCAAUUUCAAUCGAUCCAUAACUGCCUCGACACUUACAAUCAAGAUAUCGCGAGCCUGAAUCAAAUUUUCUCUUCUUUCUCCACUCAAUACACUGGGGAUCAAGAGCGCCAGCAUAAACAUGAGGACUUUUGGGCUUGGACCCGAAACUCCAAUUACUAUCCUUAUCCUCCUCCUCGUCCGCAAUAG